UUCAUUGUAAUUGCACCAAUACAUCAUUCAAUCACCAUAUAAGUUUGGAGUGAGAUAGAUGUAAAAAAUGGUUAAAAUUGCAAUCAUCGGUGCGGGAAUCAAUGGUUUGACAUGCGCUUUAAAAAUUAAGGAGAAAUAUUCCGACUUUGAUGUGACGAUAUUUUCGGAGGAGUUUACACCAAACACAACAGGCGAUGGAUCCGGGGGACUGUGGUAUCCUUACCUCUGUGGUAAUACAUCACAGGAAAAACUUACGAAAUGGGGCAUCGAGACAUACCAAUUCCUGCAUGAUCUGUGGUACACCGGUGGCUAUCACAUAUCCCUGAUCCCGAUUUACGAGCUGUACAGAGACAAGCGAGAUGUGCUGCGCCCGCGCUGGGCUGACCUGGUCUUCGGGUACAGGGAGCUCGACAUGAGACAACUAGACCAUCUCAGUCGUAUGCACUCUAUUAACUAUGCAGCUGGUCGUAGUUUUACAACAUUCGUGAUCCAAGCGCCGAAACUAUUGGAGUAUCUAUACAAGAGGUAUAAGGCUGCUAAUGGGAAGGUGGUGAAAGCGAAAUUGUCUUCUUUGUCAGACCCUUUGCUGAUGGCUUACCACGUCGUGGUGAACUGCACAGGUGUAGGAGCGAAACAGCUUGUACCUGACGAUAGAGUGUUUCCUAUACGUGGACAAAUCGCAAAGGUAAAAGCUCCGUGGCUGAAUUAUACGAUCGUUGAUGAAGACAGUGGACAUUACGUCAUUCCAAACGAUGCUCUAUGCGUGUUGGGAGGAACUCAUCAAGAGCACGACUAUAGGAGAGAACUGGACGAUGAAAAUAAAGAUUUUAUUGUAAACGGCUGUAAACAAAUGAUACCUGGACUGAAGUACGCUGAAUUAAUACAGCACUGGGCGGGCUUGCGACCCGGUAGAGAUGAAGUGCGACUGGAGACUGAAGAGAGAGGAGGCAAAGUAUACAUACACAACUACGGACAUGGCGGCAGUGGUUUGACAUUAUUUUGGGGCUGUGGUGACAGUGUGGUGCAACUACUGGAAGAGAGCUUGUCAUCAAUAAAACCAUCAGAUAUUAAAUCAAAACUUUAAUAUAAACAACAAAUAUACUUUGAAUAUUAA